AUGACGAGUGUUGUUGUUUGCAGCAGAAGGAGUGCUGCGAUGGUCUCCUACAUAGUUUUCCUGAUCACCAUGAUGAUGAAUCUGAGCGUUGUGGUGAAGGGCGAGGAUGGGUUGGGAGCUUCGUUCAUUUUUGGGGAUUCGCUGGUGGACGCUGGCAACAACAAUUAUCUAACCACUUUGUCCAGAGCCAACAUGGCCCCCAAUGGGAUUGACUUUUCCGCCUCCGGCGGAAACCCCACCGGCAGGUUCACCAAUGGAAAAACCAUUGGUGACAUUAUAGGAGAAGAAUUGGGACAACCAAACUAUGCAGUCCCAUUUUUGGCACCCAAUUGCACCGGAAAAGCCAUACUGAAUGGUGUAAACUAUGCAUCGGGAGGAGGAGGAAUUUUGAACCAAACAGGAAGAGUUUUUGUUAACAGGCUCUCCAUGGACAUCCAAGUUGAUUUCUUCAACAUUACAAGAAAACAGGUUGACAGUCUCAUGGGUGCAUCAAAGGCCAGAGACUACCUAAUGAAGAAGUCCAUAUUCUCAUUGUCGGUAGGAGCAAAUGACUUCCUCAACAAUUACCUUCUCCCACUCCUCUCCAUCGGAGCUCGGAUUUCUGAAUCUCCUAACGCUUUCAUCGACGAUCUCAUCGAUCAUCUCAGAAUCCAACUCACAAGGCUUUAUCAGCUGGACGCUAGGAAGUUUGUGGUGAGCAACGUUGGACCGAUAGGGUGCAUUCCAUACCAGAAAACGAUAAACAGAUUGAAUGAAGAUCAAUGCGUGGAAUUGCCUAAUAAGCUGGCAACCCAAUACAAUGGCAGGUUGAAAGACCUACUCGCUGAACUAAACGACAACCUUCAUGGUGCCACAUUUGUCUACGUAAAUGUUUACGACCUUGUUAUGGAACUCGUCACCAACUAUGCCAAAUACGGAUUUGUGACAGCGAGCAGAGCGUGCUGUGGGAAUGGGGGGCAGUUCCAAGGGAUAAUACCGUGCGGGCCAACCUCCACCAUGUGCAGCGACCGUGACAAGCACGUGUUCUGGGACCCUUACCACCCCAGCCAGGCCGCCAAUCUCCUCCUCGCCAAGCAGCUCAUCGACGGCGACACUCAUUACAUCUCCCCCGUCAACCUCCGCCAGCUCCGUGACCUUUAAUUAAUUUCUUCCUCCUUUAAUGUUCUGUCUGUCUUGGGUUGUACAAUUAAUUAUACUAUAUCAACUCCACAAAAACACACUAUAUCGUAUGCAUGCAUGCAUGCAUGCAUCUCCAAUGUAAUGCAAAAUUGUCUGCACGUACAUUGUUCC